AUGAAUCAAACUAUCCUCAAGAAACUUGCAAAGAUAGUCCCAAGUCCAGAGCCAAUCGACCCUCGGGAAGCUCCUCACAAGGACCGGCCCCUAAUAUUAGACGAUUCACAGCCAAAUGCUCCCGACAGACAUAGGUAUGUCACGGACCUCAAUGUUCAGUAUCACGAGGAAGACGUAAAAGCUGACCUCUUUUUAAUGAAGUACACUCAGGGCCUUCAGCGGCUAGAAAAUCAAGGCUAUGUUGAUAUAACAAGCUUAGCUUUUUGGAAGCCUUCCUCAUUCAAGGCCGGCUACCCAAUUGAAAACGCUCUAGAUGAUAAUCCGUCGACCUUUUGGCAAAGCGACGGCUCUCAACCUCAUACAAUAGACGUACUAUUCAGCAAGCGUGUAGAUAUCAUUCAACUAGCAAUGUAUUUCUCGCUAUUUGUCGACGAAUCAUACACAUCUGAAACGAUCCGUCUUUAUGCAGGUCACAGUCCUUCAGAUGCCACAUAUUACAAAACACUAGAAGUACGAAACGUAAAUGGCUGGGUGAAGUUCACCUUUGAAGACAAUCGUGCUGAUGGAUUGCUAAAAUGCCAAUUUCUACGCAUAGAAGUCGUUACAAACCAUGAAAACGGCAAAGAUACACACUUAAGAGGUAUAAGAAUGUUUGGUCCCGGGGAAUCCCUAGUAAAUGUAGCUGAUGCAGCAAUGUUUGAGGGAUUCCAUAGCAUAGAAUUCCUCUCGCAGUCCAGAAUACGAUGA